CCAGGGAUCAAACCUGCAUUCUCAGGGAUCCUAGUCGGACUCGUUUCCGCUGGGCCACUGUGGGAACUCCAACCCUAAAUAUUUUCAUGAGGGGAUAAAUAUUUCAAGAGGAUAGUUUAAAUGCUUUUGCUAAAUUUUUAUUUUUUUCCCAGUUUAUUUAACAAAAAUAAUUUAGACAAUAAACCACAUGUAACAUGAAACUUAACCUCAUAUUUUGUAGUAAAAAUUCUUUAAUACUCAGGGUUUCACUAAAAUAUUUUAUGUUGAAAAGAUUUAAGUAUUUUUAUAGUGGACAUUUGAUGGGUAGAUAUUCUCUAUUACAUAUGACGGGAUAUAGGGGAAAGCAGAGACCUAGACAGAAAUAAAAGUAAGCUUUGCUUCAUGUCACAAGCAUUUAUUUUGUCUUACUUACUUUUGUAUAAAGUAAUUUGGAACUUUUGAUGUCAUACAGAUUUGAAAAUGCAUUUGGAGUAUGGAUUAUCCCUAAGCAACAUAAUAUAUAAUCUGUCCUUUUUAAGGGACUUUAUUCUUAUGCCUCUACAGAUGGGGGUGGUACAGGUAAAAUAAAUUUCUCAUAUAUGUAAGGAAGGCAGCUUUACUUUUUCCAAAGUAUUUUCUGCCUUUAUUAUGAGAUAGUUUUUCUGUUGGGUUCAUCUCUGUUUCUUUUCCAUUAUGGACAUUGAAUAUAGUUCCCUGUGCUAUGCAACAGAACCUUGUCGUUUGUUGGAUUCCUCUCUUUGAGGGCCUUUCUGCUUCUUUGGUUUAAGUACUGAGAUUGUGGAGGUUUUGUUGUUUUUGCCUUUGCUUUGUGAUUCUCCCACAGUGACAGAAUUAUGCCAACUUUCUCUUGGUACAUUUAAUACGUACAACAUUGGACAGUUCUUUGGAACUACUUGAGUAGACAUGAAAUUUUAUUCAAAUAGGCAUCUUCUUUGAAGAUUGAGUUAGAUACCUAUUCAGAUAGGUAUCUACCAGUGAUAUCCUGUCUUCUCAGUAAACUAAUCAUGAAUGUUGUCUCUAAACUGUUUCUGACUCACAUAAAGGUUAAUAUAGCAGGAAGUAAAUUUUUACCUUUUUGGUGGAAUCAGGAGGAGAUGAAAUACUCUGAACACCUUUUGGGGAAUAAUGCUCUAUCUGCAUUUACCUGUGUCAUGAGGAAGGUGCAGGGAAAGUCAUUAGCAUAGAUUGUGUUUCUCACAAUUGAAUCGAACCUGGUAUGUACAUCUGUAGCGUUACCCUUGGUGGACACUCAGUAAAGGUUUGUUAAUUAAAUAAGGAGACUUGGGCUCUAUUUCAGCUCUGCUACUAAAUAGACAGUUUCCCUUCUCUGUUGUACACACUUGUAGGAUUGAACUGGCUCACAUUUUGCUAGGAAAAAUUAGAGGGCCAAAAAGUACAGUGGGUCAAAAUACUUAGUGUUUUAAGAGAAAAACAGCUGGCAGUGGCAUGGUGCACUCUGAAGGUGAGAGGAUGAAACUGUUGUGCCGCCUUGAGAUAAAAUGGCCAGAUUGGGUGAAGAGAGCAUGGAUUAAUCCAAGUGUCAAACCAGAUACACUCUGUAGUGCCAGUUGGUCCUCUUAUCUGGGAAUAUGGCCUGGUAUGGGGCAGUAGAGAUUGCCUAGGGACUAAAGUCAUUUUGUUUUAUUUCUGUGAUGAAUAGCCCAAAUUUCAUUUGGCCCUGAGCCAGUGAAGGAGUGGUUAAUUUCAGGGAUUCUUUCCAACCAUUUUGAGAGUAAUUUCUUGUAAAUCAGUAUUCUUCCUGCAAUUAAAUGUAGAACAUUGAAUUUUGACACACACCUUCUCCUUCCUACUCUCUCUGUCAUUUAUUUCCCACCCACUCUUACCCACCACUCCAUCGAACUGUAGUUUUCUUUCUACCCGUUCUUUCAGCUGUUUAACAGUUUCUUAUCUGUGGCACUGUAUAAGAUAAGAAUGUCUCUACAUGUCAGUGUGCUGUCAGUGAUCAUAUGCCAGUUGCUUUAGGUCGUAACCAGCCUCUGAAAAAAGAGAAACCCAAAUGGAAAAGUGAUUAUCCCAUGACAGAUGGACAACUGCGCAGCAAGAGAGACGAAUUUUGGGAUACUGCACCAGCUUUUGAAGGCCGUAAAGAGAUUUGGGACGCCUUGAAGGCUGCAGCACAUGCUUUUGAAAGCAAUGAUCAUGAACUGGCCCAAGCAAUCAUUGAUGGUGCGAACAUAACAUUACCGCACGGUGCACUUACAGAGUGCUAUGAUGAACUGGGGAAUAGAUACCAGCUUCCAGUCUAUUGCUUGGCACCACCAAUCAACAUGAUAGAGGAAAAGAGCGACAUAGAGACUCUUGAUAUUCCUGACCCACCACCCAAUUCUGGAUAUGAAUCUCAGCUCCGUUUGCGCCUUUCCACUGGCAAAGACCUCAAACUUGUGGUCCGCAGCACAGACACAGUGUACCACAUGAAGAGGCGGCUACAUGCAGCGGAAGGAGUGGAGCCGGCUAGUCAGCGGUGGUUCUUUUCUGGCAGACCUCUCACCGACAAAAUGAAGUUGGAAGAGCUAAAGAUCCCAAAGGACUAUGUUGUACAGGUUAUAAUGAGCCAACCUCUGCAAAGCCCGACACCAGUUGAGAACUGAACUGGUCCUGUUGGCUGUCCCCAGCUCCCUCCCGCUCCUUUUUAUUGUUGUUAUUGUUUCCUACUCUACGCGUGAAAUUUAUUUUCACUGCUCUGAAUUCCGUAUGAAUGGAUUUAGUUCUGAGGAAUUACCAGUGAAAAAUUCCAUCUGUGAUGGAGACCAACAAAAAUAAUUAAUAAAACACAAAGAGCCAGCCUUUGAGACUCAUGUAAUUACAGUUUCUAAUUCGAGAGGCAGUUAAGAAAUAGAUAACCAUUUAUUUUAAAAUACCCAGCAACCGUGUAAUGGCUAUACGUAAAUGAUCCGGACUGUAAAUAGAGCAGUGCAUCCAUGAAGAACAGCACCAAGCACCUUGUGAAUACAGAAUUCUUAAAACACAUCAAAUACGAUUCCCAGAAAUCAGAACAGUUAUAAAACUUGAGCUUUUUAAAAUGGAAACUGAAAAGAGCAGUAUUUGAGGUUCGCUUCUUUUCUGAUCUGAAUAUUUUGCUCACUCAAUAUUUAGCCAUAAAGGAGUAGAGAAUGGUAAAUUGUGUUUCAGUAUUGCUUUCCCUGUCCCCAUAUGUUCAGCUCCUUAUUUACAUUCACACUAAAUUUCGGUGCCUUCCAGCACGUUGGUGGCAGGCACUUUUCUGGAACACUAGGCAAUAAUUUAGUCAAUGCAUUCAGAGCUCAGAUUUUCAACUGAAACUUAGGUGAAAAGGCUCUUGUCCUCUUGCUGCAUAGGUACUUUGAAAUGUCUAUAUAACGAAGCUGUUUUCAUAUCCAGGCUUUAGAAAGUCGUUACUAUAUAAUACCUUUAUUGAUCUACCUACUCUGCUUAGGACUUUUCAGAGCUAACUGUGCCCCCAAAUGCAUGGAAACUAGGCCAGGGAAUGUAAGGGGUCAAGUAUAGCUGUUCCCACUGUUGGAUAAUGAAUUAUCUCCCCUAAUUUGCAAGGAGGGUGUAAGGAAAACCCAAUCUAGCUGUGCCUGGGAGAAUUGUGCCUAUGUUUGACCUCUUAGAAAGAAUUUCAGCUUAUAAUUUACUAGUGCGAAAGAUUUACUGACAUCACUUAAACAUUGGCAGUGAGACCAAAUGAUGAUCUAUUGCUUUUCCUACUCUAGCGCUCCCCACAGCUUGCUGUUACCCCUAGUUGUGGAGGAUGAGUGUUUUCCCCUCACCUUACCUAGCAGAGAGGCAACUUAAGAAGCAUCUGCAGAUUAGAGGACUGACACAUUCAGGGAGAUAACCUGAUUCUUCUCUACUGUGACUGGAAUAAAGAUGCCAAGGAUUAUAUUUAAUUUGGAACCCUUUUAAAGUUGGUUCCAUAAGUGAAGAGGGGGCUACUGCGUGACCUCUGGACCCCUGAGAGUCUACGAGAUGGAAAAGUAGGGGGAAGAAGGCACUUAGGUUGUUCUCAAAUGGGAAGUAAACCUCCACACCUGUUUUGUAUGUGAAGCACCAUCAUUAAUUUUAAUGGCAAAAUGAAACUGCUAUUUAGUUUAAAUGUAAUGUUUAAAAUGGUAUUAAAUUUCCUAUAGCCUGAUUAGACAUAAUAUCUAUAAUUGUAACAUUAUGUUUCUGAGAGCUUUAACUACUUCUCUUUUUUAUGCCAUCAUCUUAAUGAUUAUGGUUACAUUUAAUUUAGGUUUGCUGAUAACUGAAUCUUAAAUUCAAGAGGAGACAGCAGCAUUAAUUCCAAAGGAGUAUUUCUAUAUAUGGAGGUAGAGGUAGGUGAGGGUGGUUGAGUGCAAUGCACCUGUCGCCAGAAAGUUUCUUUGUUGCGUGCCAUGUUGAAUAGCAACAUCUUUCAGAGUUUGUCAACUGGAGGGGAAAAGAGUGUUCAAAUCUAUUUUUCUCAAGUACAUUUGGUGAUAUCAUAAUCAUCUAUGGUUGGUAAGAGGGUUUUUUUGUUUGUUGAGAAUUUGAGCUCUCUUAAGAGUUUAUUUUAUUUUAAAGGAACAUAUACUUUGAAUAACAAUUUUCUGGGCAUGUUUAACUAACCUAGGUGAGAAAACCAUGGUGCUGUUUAAUUGUAAAUAGAUUGUUAUAAGAUUGGACCAAUACUUGAUGUGUACAAUUUUAGUAUGUAGGGUUUUUGUGCUUUUUUAAAAAAAAAAAAGUUCAAUUUUUC